AUGGAUAUUUUUCUACCUGUGGACCUCCUCUCAAGAGCUUUCAGCAGCUGUUACACAAGUCUCACAACCAGAGGGAAUUACGAUAGUUCUUUCGACGCCUAUAAGGGAGUGGGCACGAUUGUCAUUGCAAAGCCCUUGGAUGCAGAGCAGAGGUCAAUGUAUAAUAUGACUGUGGAGGUCACCGAUGGAACAAACAUUGCCACAACUCAGGUUCUUAUCAAAGUGUUGGAUAACAAUGAUAAUGGCCCAGAAUUCUCUCAGCCAAGUUACGAUGUCACCAUUUCAGAGGACAUCCUCCCUGAUACUGAAAUUCUGCAGAUUGAAGCUAUAGACAGAGAUGAAAAGCACAAGCUGAGCUACACCAUUCACAGCAGCAUCGACACAGUCAGCAUGAGGAAGUUCAGAAUUGAUCCCAACACCGGGGUUCUCUAUACGGCGGAGAGAUUGGACCACGAAGCUCAAGAUAAGCACAUCCUUAAUGUCAUGGUCCGAGAUCAAGAAUUCCCUUAUAGAAGAAACCUGGCCAGAGUCAUCAUAAAUGUGGAAGACUCCAAUGACCACAGUCCCUACUUCACCAGCCCAUUGUAUGAAGCCUCGGUGUUUGAAUCAGCAGCAGUUGGAUCAGCAGUGCUGCAGGUCACAGCUCUGGACAAAGACAAAGGAGAAAAUGCAGAGCUUAUCUAUACUAUUGAAGCAGGAAACACGGGAAACACAUUCAAGAUUGAGCCAGUUUUAGGCAUCAUUACGCUACUCAAGGAGCCAGACUUAACCACAAUGGGACAGUUUGUUUUGUCAGUCAAGGUGACUGAUCAAGGUUCUCCAGCACUGUCUGCAACAGCAAUUGUGCGGAUAUCUGUGACAAUGGCAGAUAACUCCCACCCUAAGUUCACUCUAAAAGAAUACCAAGCAGAGGUCAAUGAAAAUGUGGAUAUUGGUACUUCUGUCAUUUCUCUCUCUGCAAUCAGUCAGUCCACGUUAGUUUAUGAGGUUAAAGAUGGCAAUGCUGAUGGAGUCUUCACCAUAAACCCAUAUUCUGGAGUGAUCACCAGCCAAAAGGCCCUUGAUUAUGAACGUGCUUCCUCCUAUCAGCUCAUUGUACAGGCAACAAAUAUGGCAGGCAUGGCAUCGAAUGCCACUGUGAACAUUCAGAUUGUUGAUGAAAAUGACAACCCACCAGUUUUUCUCUUCUCUCAGUACUCGGGCAGCAUAAGCGAAGCUGCUCCUGUGAACAGCGUGGUCCGCAGUGCAAAUAACAGUCCCCUGGUGAUACGCGCCACCGAUGCUGACAGCAACCAGAACGCUUUGCUUGUCUACCAGAUUGUGGAAUCAACUGCAAAAAAGUAUUUCACAGUAGAUUCCAGCACAGGUGCAAUCAGAACAAUUGCAAAUUUAGAUCAUGAAACGAUAGCCCACUUCCACUUCCAUGUUCAUGUUAGGGACAGUGGGAAUCCCCAGCUUACAGCAGAGAGCCCAGUUGAAGUGACCAUUGAGGUAACUGAUGUCAAUGACAACCCACCAGUCUUCAGCCAGGCCGUGUUUGAGACAGUCUUGCUCCUGCCCACGUAUAUUGGUGUUGAGGUUCUCAAAGUCAAAGCUUCAGACCCAGAUUCAGAGAUCCCUCCAGAGCUAACAUUUAGUAUAAUUGAAGGCAAUAUGGACCAUUUUUUAAUUGACUCAAGCACAGGGGUACUCACCAUUAAAAACAAUAGUCUCUCCAAAGACCAUUAUAUGCUAAUAGUAAAAGUAUCUGAUGGGAAAUUUUAUAGCACUGCUAUGGUGACAAUUAUGGUAAAGGAAGCUAUGGAUAGUGGACUCCAUUUCACACAAAAUUUUUAUUCCACUUCUAUCUCAGAAAACAGCACCAAUAUCACAAAGAUCGCUGUGGUGAAUGCUGUUGGCAACCGCCUCAACGAGCCUUUGAAAUACAGCAUAUUAAACCCAGGAAACAAAUUUAAAAUCAAAUCAACCUCAGGAGUCAUUCAGACCACUGGCAUCCCCUUUGACCGAGAGGAACAGGAGCUGUAUGAGUUGGUGGUGGAAGCAAGCCGUGAGCUAGAUCACCUCCGUGUUGCUCGAGUCGUGGUGAGAGUUUACAUUGAGGACAUAAAUGACAAUGCCCCGGUGUUUGUAGGGCUUCCAUACUACGCAGCCGUGCAGGUCGAUGCUGAGCCUGGUACCCUGAUAUAUCGAGUGACAGCCAUUGAUAAAGACAAGGGUGACAAUGGCGAGGUGUCAUACCUGCUGAAGGAAGACUAUGGACAUUUUGAAAUUGAUAGAGUAUCUGGUAGCGUCACUCUAAAAGAAGCCUUCAAUUCUGAUUUGUCUAAUAUAGAGUACUUGGUUGUCAUUCUUGCCAAAGAUGGUGGUAGCCCAUCAUUGUCUGCGUCCGUAGAGCUCCCCAUUACCAUUGUUAACAAAGCAAUGCCUGUGUUUGACAAGCCCUUCUAUACAGCUUCUGUGAAUGAAGAUGUAGAAAUGCACAUGCCAAUUUUAAGCAUAAAUGCAACUAGUCCAGAAGGCCAGGGUAUCAUUUAUAUCAUUGUUGAUGGAGAUCCCUACAACCAGUUUAAUAUUGACUUUGAUACCGGAGUUCUGAGUGUCAUCAGCCCACUGGACUAUGAAAUAAAUUCUCUUUUCAAGCUGAUGGUGCGAGCCAGCGAUGCUCUCACUGGCGCUCGCGCCGAGGUAACCGUGGACUUGAUUGUUAAUGAUGUUAAUGAUAAUCCUCCCGUUUUUGAUCAGUCAGCUUACAAUGCUACUCUGUCCGAAGCUUCUUUGAUUGGGACUCCUGUGCUGCAGGUUGUUGCUACUGAUGCUGACUCUGACAAUAACAAGAUUGUACAGUAUCAGAUAGUCCAGGACACCUUUAACAGCACUGACUAUUUCCAUAUAGACAGCAGCAGUGGCCUUAUUUUGACAGCCCGAAUGCUGGAUCAUGAACUCAUACAGCAGUGCAGCUUGAAAGUCAGAGCAACUGAUAAUGGGUUCCCACCUCUGAGCAGUGAGGUUCUCGUUAGUAUCUCAAUAACAGAUAUGAAUGACAACCCUCCAGUUUUCAACCAGUUAAUAUAUGAAUCAUACGUGAGCGAACUGGCGCCUCGGGGUCAUUUUGUGACUUGUGUCCAAGCUUCUGAUGCCGACAGCUCUGAUUUUGACAGACUGGAGUACAGCAUCCUAUCAGGAAAUGAUAGGACCAGUUUCAUUAUGGACAGCAAGAGCGGUGUCAUCACUCUUUCCAACCAUCGCAAGCAGAGGAUGGAGCCCAUGUACAGCCUGAACGUCUCUGUGUCAGACGGGCUGUUCACCAGCACGGCUCAGGUGCACAUUCAGAUCCUUGGGGCCAACCUCUACAGCCCUGUGUUUUCACAGAGCAUUUAUGUUGCAGAGGUUAGAGAAAACGCUGCUCCCGGAACGAAGGUGAUCCACGUGAAGGCAACAGACGGGGAUUCAGGUGUAUAUGGCCAGAUCAGCUACUCCAUAAUAAAUGACUUUGCCAAGGACCGAUUUUUGAUUGAUGCAAAUGGGCAGAUUCAGACAACUGAGAGGUUAGACCGUGAGAACCCGCUGGAAAGUGAUAUCGAUAUAUUCUUGAGAGCCCUUGAUGGAGGUGGCAGGACUACGUUUUGCACUGUGAGAGUGAUAGUAGUGGAUGAGAAUGACAAUGCUCCCAAAUUUAUGACAGUCGAGUACAGAGCAAGUGUCAAAGCAGAUGUUGGGAAAGGUUACUUGGUGACUCAAGUGCAAGCAGUAGAUCCAGAUGAUGGAGCAAAUUCCAGAAUUACCUAUUCUCUGUAUAGUGAAGCCUCUGUUUCAGUAGCUGAUUUGCUUGAAAUUGAUCCAGAUAAUGGAUGGAUGGUCACCAAGGGUAGCUUUAACCAACUGAAAAACACUGUUCUGUCAUUCUUUGUCAAAGCAGUCGAUGGUGGCAUUCCUGUAAAGCAUUCCCUCAUUCCUGUCUACAUCCAUGUUUUACCACCAGAAACCAUUUUGCCUUCUUUUUCUCAACCCCAGUAUUCUUUCACCGUGGCAGAAGACACCCUCAUAGGGAGUACUAUUGACAUUCUGCAUGUUUUGCCCAAUCAGGGUGCUUUGUAUAGCACAGUUAAUGGUGAGCUAUCUGCAAACAACAAAGACGGGGUUUUCAUCAUAGAGAAGGACACGGGGCUCAUAAAAUUGGAUAAGAGGCUUGACCACGAAAUAAAUUCCGCCUUUCACUUCAAAGUUGCGGCCACAAUUCAGUUAGACAAAGUAGACAUUGUGCUGACUGUGGAUGUGGAGGUGAAGGUGUUGGAUGUAAAUGACAACAAGCCUGUGUUUGAGGCAGCUAGCUAUGAUGCUGUAAUAAUGGAAGGCAUGCCUAUAGGAACAAAACUUAUUCAAGUCAAAGCGGUUGAUGCAGACUCGAGUGCGAACGGGCAGGUCACGUACACGCUUGCGGUGGAAUCGGAGCUGCAGAAGAUCACGGAAGCAUUCGCCAUUGAUAGCAACAGUGGCUGGAUCAGUACACUGAAGGAUCUGGACCACGAGAAGGAUUCUGCUUUCACCUUUGCAGUGGUGGCCUCAGAUCUGGGGGAAGCUUUGUCCUUGUCCUCAACCACCUUGGUCUCAGUUACUGUGACAGAUAUAAACGACAACGCGCCCGUCUUUGAGCACGAGGUGUACAGAGGGUUGGUGAAGGAGAGUGACCCUCCAGGGGAAGUUGUGGCUGUUCUUAGCACCUGGGAUGAAGACACAUCCGAUGUUAAUCGGCAGGUUAGCUACCAUAUUACAGGAGGGAAUCCCAAAGGGAAGUUCGCUCUGGGACUGGUUCAGAACGAGUGGAAAGUUUAUGUUAAAAGGCCUCUGGAUCGGGAAGAGCAAGACAUUUAUUAUCUGAACAUCACUGCCACAGAUGGCCUCUUUGUGACCCAAGCUGCUGUGGAAGUGACUGUCACUGAUGUUAAUGAUAAUAAUCCAGUUUGUGAGCAGGUUGCCUACACAGCAUUGUUUCCUGAAGACAUUCCACCAAACAAAGUAAUUCUCAAAAUCAGUGCUAAAGAUGCUGACAUUGGGUCCAAUGGUGAAAUUCGCUAUUCUCUUUAUGGUUCAGGGAACAAUAAAUUUUUCUUAGAUCCAGAAAACGGUGAGCUGAAAUCUUUGGCCCCUCUUGACCGAGAGAAAAUCCCUGCAUACAACUUGGUUGCCCGAGCCACUGAUGGUGGUGGCAGGUUUUGCCAGUCAGAAAUCCAUCUUAUUUUAGAAGAUGUUAAUGAUAAUCCACCAGUCUUUUCAUCUGACCACUACACUGCUUGUGUCUACGAGAACACAGCCACUAAAGCUUUGUUAACAAGAGUCCAAGCAACUGAUCCUGAUGUUGGCGUGAACAGAAAAGUCACCUAUUCCCUGUCAGACUCUGCAGAUGGCUACUUCUCAGUUGACCGCUCAUCAGGAAUCAUUAUUUUGGAGCAUCCACUUGAUAGAGAGCUUCAGUCCUCCUAUAACAUCACUGUCAAGGCCUCAGAUCAAAGCAUUGUGCUGACCUUAUCCUCCUUUGCCACCGUUACCAUUACAGUGCUGGACAUUAAUGACAACCCUCCCGUGUUCGAAAGAAGAGAUUAUCUUGUUACAGUACCUGAAGACACCUCACCUGGCACCGAGGUCCUUUCUGUUUUUGCUACAAGCCAAGACAUUGGUACAAAUGCUGAGAUUGCCUAUCUCAUCAGAUCAGGGAAUGAGAAAGGGAAGUUCAGGAUUAACUCAAAAACAGGAGUGAUUUCCAUUGUGGAAGCUUUGGAUUUUGAAUCGUGCAAGGACUUCUACUUAGUAGUGGAAGCAAAGGACGGGGGGACACCCGCCCUGAGCGCGGUGACGACGGUGAACGUGAACGUGACGGACGUCAACGACAACGCGCCCACCUUCAGCCAGGCUGUCUACAGCGCCGUCAUCAGCGAGGACGCCGCUGUCGGCGACUCCGUGCUCAUGUUGAUAGCAGAAGAUCUGGACAGUCCUCCCAAUGGUCAGAUUCAUUUUUCCAUAGUGAAUGGGGAUCAAGACAAUGAAUUUUCAGUUGAUCCUGUUCUGGGACUCGUGAAGGUUAAAAAGAAAUUGGAUAGAGAAAGGAUAUCUGGUUAUUCAUUAGUUGUCCAGGCAAGAGACAGUGGUACCCCUCCUUUGUCUUCAUCUGUGACGGUCAAUGUGGACAUUUCUGAUGUGAACGAUAACAGCCCUGUGUUUACUCCAGCUAACUACACAGCUGUAAUUCAAGAAAAUAAACCAGUGGGCACAAGCAUUUUGCAGCUGGUAGUGACAGACAAAGACUCUUUUCACAAUGGCCCUCCUUUUACCUUCACCAUCCUCACUGGCAAUGAAGAGGAGGAGUUUACACUGGACCCUAAUGGCGUGCUGAGGUCUGCAGUCAUCUUCAAGCACAUGGUCUCGACUGAGUAUGUUCUCUGCGUGCAGGCAAAGGACUCUGGGAAGCCUCAGCAGGUUUCCCAUACCUAUGUUCAGGUGAGGGUUAUUGAAGAGAGCAUUCACAAACCAACCGCCAUUCCACUGGAGAUUUUCAUUGUCACCAUGGAAGAUGAUUUUCCUGGGGGAGUCAUUGGGAAAAUUCACGCCACAGAUCAGGAUGUGUACGAUGUCCUCACAUACACGCUAAAAUCAGAGCAGAAAAGUUUGUUCAAGGUCAACAGCCACGAUGGGAAGAUCAUCGCCCUCGGAGGGCUGGAUAACGGCAAGUACAUCCUGAAUGUCUCCGUGAGCGACGGCCGCUUCCAGGUGCCCAUCGAUGUUGUGGUCCACGUUGAGCAGCUGCUGCAGGAAAUGCUGCAGAACACGGUCACCAUCCGCUUCGAGAACGUUUCCCCGGAAGACUUCGUGGGUCUGCACAUGCACGGGUUCAGGCGCACCCUGCGGAACGCGGUGCUCUCCCAGAAGCAGGACAGCCUGCACAUCAUCAGCAUUCAGCCGGUGGCAGGCAGCAGCCAGCUCGACAUGCUCUUUGCCGUUCAGAUGCACAGCGGUGGCUUCUAUAAGCCUGCCUAUUUGAUUCAGAAGCUUACCAAUGCGAGGAGACACUUGGAAAAUGUGAUUCGUAUUUCUGCUAUCUUGGAGAAGAAUUGCUCCGGACUGGAUUGUCAGGAACAACACUGUGAGCAAAGCCUGUCUAUUGAUUCACAUUCCCUGAUGACUUACAGCACGGCGCGAAUUAGUUUUGUGUGUCCACGCUUUUACCGGAAUGUGCGCUGCAUGUGCAAUGGAGCACUCUGCCCAGGCUCCACCGAUCCCUGCCUGGAGAAGCCGUGUCCAGGGGACAUGCAGUGUGUGGGCUACGAGGCCAACCGGAGACCCUUCAUCUGCCAGUGCCCACCGGGAAAGCUUGGCGAGUGUUCAGGCCACACUUCCCUUAGCUUUGCUGGAAAUAGCUACAUUAAAUACCGUGUUUCUGAAAAUAGCAAGAAAGAGGAAUUCAAGUUGGCUCUCCGGCUGCGAACCCUGCAAAGCAAUGGGAUUAUAAUGUACACCAGAGCCAAUCCCUGUAUCAUUCUGAAGAUCGUCGAUGGCAAACUCUGGUUCCAGUUGGAUUGCGGAAGUGGCCCAGGAAUCCUGGGAAUUUCUGGAAGGGCCGUUAACGAUGGAAGCUGGCAUUCAGUCUUCCUGGAGCUGAACCGCAAUUUCACCAGCCUGUCCCUGGACGACAGCUACGUGGAGCGCCGCAAAGCCCCCCUCUACUUCCAGACGCUCAGCACGGAUAGCUCCGUCUACUUCGGCGCCCAGGUCCAAGUGGAUAACGUCCGCAGCCUGACUGACAAGAGGACAACGCAGGUCCUGAGCGGCUUCCAGGGCUGCCUGGACUCAGUGGUCCUAAAUAACAACGAGCUGCCCCUCCAGAACAAGCGCAGCAGCUUCGCAGAAGUGGUCGGCCUGACGGAAUUGAAGCUCGGCUGCGUCCUGUAUCCCGAUGCCUGCGAGAGACACCCCUGCCAGAACGGCGGCACCUGUACUGCCGUGCCAUCUGGUGGGUACCACUGCAAUUGCCUCUCCCAGUUUACAGGAAGGAAUUGUGAGUCAGAGAUCACAGCCUGCUUCCCAAAUCCUUGCCGGAAUGGAGGCUCGUGUGAUCCCAUCGGCAAUGCUUUCAUCUGCAACUGCAAAAAUGGCCUGACAGGAGUAACGUGUGAAGAAGACAUCGAUGAGUGUGAAAGAGAAGAAUGUGAAAAUGGAGGCUCCUGUGUCAACAUCUUUGGUUCAUUUCUGUGUAACUGCACCCCUGGCUAUGUGGGUCAAUACUGUGGUCUGCGCCCUGUGGUGGUUCCCAAUAUACAAGCUGGGCAUUCCUACGUUGGCAAGGAGGAGCUGAUAGGAAUAGCCGUGGUCCUGUUUGUCAUUUUUAUGUUAAUUGUUCUUUUCAUCAUUUUUCGCAAGAAAGUUUUCAGGAAGAACUAUUCCCGCAACAACAUCACGCUCGUACAGGAUCCAGCCACUGCGGCCCUGCUCAACAAGAGCAAUGGCAUCCAAUUCAAGAACAUCAGGAACAGUGGAGACAGCAGAAAUAUCUACCAGGAGGUUGGGCCUCCACAGGUGCCAGUGAGGCCAAUGGCCUAUACCCCGUGCUUCCAGAGUGACUCACGGAAUAACCUGGACAAGAUAGUGGAUGGGCUUGGUGUGGAGCACCAGGAGAUGACAACGUUUCAUCCCGAGUCCCCUCGAAUACUGACAGCCAGGAGGGGGGUGGUGGUGUGCAGUGUAGCUCCAAACCUGCCUGCUGUGUCUCCCUGUCGCUCCGACUGUGACUCCAUCAGGAAGAGCACGUGGGAUGCUGGGACAGAAAGAAGUAAUAAAGGCAGCAACUCUGAAGUACAGUCCCUCAGCUCCUUCCAGUCUGAUUCCGGUGAUGAUAAUGCGUAUCAUUGGGAUACCUCUGACUGGAUGCCCAGCGCUCGCUUGUCCGACAUUGAGGAAGUGCCCAACUUUGAGACGACGGAUGGAGGCUCGGCUCACCACGGCAGCACCCGAGAACUGGAAACAGAUUACUACCUUGGUGGCUACGACAUCGACAGUGACUACCCGCCCCCUCACGAAGAGGAGUUUUUGAGCCAGGACCAGUUGCCACCUCCUCUUCCAGAGGAUUACCCAGACCAGUACGAAGCCCUGCCACCCUCGCAGCCGGUCUCCAUGGCGAGUACUCUCAGCCCUGACUGCAGGAGACGGCCGCACUUUCACCCGAGCCAGUACCUCCCUCCCCACUCGUUCCCCAAUGAGACGGACACCACAGGAUCUCAGACUGGGAACGAAUUUAGUACUUUUGCUGUUGGCCCAAGCCAGAACACAGAAAAUGCUAGUGCAGGUAAGGUGCCCUUAUCCUUGCACAACUCCCUCAACGCCUCCAACUCCGACGUCUCAGCCGGCUGCGGCUUUGAUGACUCCGAAGUAGCCAUGAGUGACUUUGAAAGCGUGGAGGAACUCAGCCUAGAAAAUGUUCACAUUCCAUUUGUGGAGACCCAGCAGCAGACACAAGUGUAAAGGAAGCUCCUUUCUUCUUCCUCCUCCUCUUCCUUUUUUUCUUUUAAUUUUGUCAUUUGGUCCAAUUAAUAGUAUAAAUAUUGAGAAGAAAUUUUGUUGAAGGUGUGUCUAUAUAUAUAUUGGGCAAAGAAAAGUACAGUAUAACCCAUUAUUAACUUGUUCAGAAAUGAUACUGUAUGUGCAGACACGAAGAGACCAAUUGUGUUAAGUAUUAUACAUCACAAAAUUAUUACAGACAAUCUGGAGAGAGUGUACCUUCUAUUUAUUACCAAGAGUAAAACUCAGCUUUUGAGGCGGGGGGAAAAAUAACUGCUAAAUAAUUUCUUUCUCUCUCACAAAGUUGGGUUGUUUUGGGGGUUUUUUUGGCAUUGUGUUAUUAAAAGUGUUACAGUGUUAUGAUCUUCCCACAGUAUUAAGGAAUGAGUAUGGAUCAUUCUAGAAUGCACUGUUGCAUGAAAUUUUAUGUCAGCAAAGAGUGAAAGCAAUUGAUUGCUGGGGCUGCUGCAUACAACACAUCAGAUGGCUGAAAAAAGCAACAUUUACAAAUUGACCUAUCAAAGACAAGUGACCAGUUAUUUGUCCAUAAAUAUUUAUCUAUACUUUUGUCCAUCACAUAGCAUUUCAUUCUACUUUGUGUAGAGUAACACACAUACACACAGUUUGUAUUUACUCCAGAUUGGCUUACUUUGGUUGUCAUUUUUAAAGCCUGAUGUCAGGUGCAUGUGCAUAGCUUUACCCACGAGGACUUCCCAAAAUGUCAGAGUUUGGCUCAGGAGUGGCCUGGUUUUGCCCCAGCUGUGUACACACAGCCUCUCUUAAUGUGUAUGCAACACGGAUCUGAAAACUUGAGGUAACCUACCCAGCUGAUCAUUUUUUGGAAAUUUCUUGCUUGGGCAAUCAGCUCUUUAACAGCAGUCCUCAUGCUGCAGUAACUAAAAUCAGUUGCAAUCAAGUUACGUAUAAGGCUGCUGUAACCUCACAUCGUUAGUUUAAAAUCUUUUGGCAAAUGUCCAUCCCUAGAGUUCACAGGAUGGAUUCUCAGCUGCUGUAGACUGACUCAGUCGGUGGAGCUGCAUGAAUGGACUGUGGCCAAAGAUCUGUCGCCAGAUUUUCCACUGGGUGCAUGAUUUUGUAGGAUUUGAGUACCUCCAAAGGUUGUUUGCAGACUUCAGAAUAUUGUUGUGGAAUCAAGAAAACCAUGGCAUCUGUAUGCUUUUAUGCUUCCCUCAGCCUGAUUGGAGUAAAUGGUCAUUCACAUUGAUUUGGUCAGAGUAGUCAAGUGCAAUCUGGAAAUACUGGAUUUUCACUCAGUGUAUUAAAGCAGAGUAUACACACCUGUUGCUUGGUGCUCUGAAAAUGAUUUUUACCCCACUGCAUUUUACAGUGUCUGUGUACCUUCCCAGUGAAUGUGAGUCUACAAGCCUGCAUUACUGUUGGGUUUUCAUCCGUUUCUUCCAUGGCAUAAUUCUGUCAUUCUGAAAAGCUACUGAAUACCUAAAUCAUUUUGAUAAAAGAAGAGAUUCAUUAGCAAGUUUCCUGUGCUGCUUUCCUUGUCCUGUCCCUUGGUCAAUCACCUUAACUGGAUAGUUUCAGCGGUUGUAUGUCAAGGCAUGUUCUUGAGUGACAGGAGUUUCAAACGAAAUUAAAUUGCAGGCCAUUUCUUGACAUACAGAAAGGGUUUAUUCUGAAAUUUUCCCCAACACAAAUAAAUUACUAGUAGAAUUUAAUUUAAAUAAUUGCAGCUUGUAACACUUUUAAUAAAACAGGAUUUCUAGAAUUCUUGGAGGAGGUACAGUGUGUUGCUGCUUCCCUCCAAUAGUUCAUAUAGCUGUGAAAGCUUGGUGUGGAUAUUUUCUUUGGGAUGAUGCAGCACUUCUUCAGUAGAAAACAGCUCAUUGUGCAGGUCUAUGAAUAAAAUGAGUGAACUUCUAGAGAGAAUGUACUGCACAUACAAGUAUUAUCAAGUACUUGUCUGCAAAUAGGUCCUGUCCAUUGAAUUUAUGAAUGUCACUUGGUCUUCUCAAAGUAAACAUGCUUCUGUAACAGUGAUAUAUUCUGAAUGUGCUCAUGGUGCGUUUCAAACCCUUUCCCCUGAUAUUAUUCCUGUGGUUUUGAGAAGAAAAAAAUAUGGAAAUUUGUAUUGUGUUUGCAAGGAACUGAGGGAUUUGCCAGAAGGCCAUAAAAUGGUUUGGCAAGCCUAGAGGCACGGAUAGAGGAUAACUUGUAUUGUUCAUGAAGUCUGUGUUACAGGAAAGGAAAUGCAAUUAGAUUGAUGUCUCUUCAAAAGUUAGGAGCAUCAGAGUUGGCAAAGCAAUUCUGCAAAUUUAGCUGCACUUUUAAAACUUGUAUGACCUUCUGAGAAUGUGAUGCUCUCUUAGCAUCAGGCUGCAGUUUACAUGAGGCUUGCUCCUACUCAGUUUUGGUUUGAGACAUUUUUAUCCAUUAUGCAAGUAAUUCUGUUCAAGCCCCCAGAUAGUUAUUAGGUGUACUUGUCACCUGUCUUCUGUAGUGAAAGUUCUUGCGUAAGCAUGAGACACCAGUAUCAAAAUUUACUGGAACAUAUCAAAAGUGUCACGAGGGACAGCAAGAUGGGAGCCUAAUGAUUGCCAUACAAACAAAACAAAAAAAAAAGAAAUCAAUGUUUCUUACCAAGCUUGUUGCCUCAGUAAUAUAUUGUUGGUAGUGAGUUUUAAUAGUGAAAUAUGCACAAAUACAAUGUAUAGUACUUUUUCUGUUUGAUGUUGUUGCCAUUUCAUUUCACUGAACGCCUACUUAUUAAAGUGCUGUUGGGAAGGUGCCAAGGAUCACCCGUUCAGCCUUCUCUGUCCUAUUCAUGAUUUCUAUACCUCAAUAUCUCCUCCCCUCCAAAUCCAUCUUCAGAUUCCCCUCUGUGAAUUUUGGUACUUCUGUGGCCUUUCUGGUUUUUUCAGACUGUUUUGAUAAUGAUAAGACCCAAAUGCAGAUCUAAAGGUGAAAUACCUCUUAGGGAGUAAGAUUUUCAUAUUAAUAUCUCUUGUUUUUAAACCAAGCCAUUUUUUUUUUCUUUUAAAUUACUGCUCCACACGAGCAAGUCAAAAUCUUCUAAUCUGGAGCAUGAGAACACAUUCAUACCAUAAUGUAAGAAUUACUGUUCAUAUUAGCACUUCAAUUAUGUAUUUCCUUUUUCUGCCAUAAGAUGAUUUUUGUAUCACUGCUGCUGUCAGGUCCCUGGUUCUGCAAGAGCUACCCUGCACAUCUCUGCUUAUCCUGUGUGUCUGUAUUUCAAACUGCAUCCCUGUAGAUGGCUCCACUACCCGAUAUUUCCUCUCAGAAUCAUCUGUAGCAGAUGAUUUCAUAGGCUUAAUGAAGUACUUUUGGGUAUCACUGGCUUACACUUUAGGACCAAGAAAGUUUUUGCUUUUGGAAAGAAGCAGCAAGAGAAAAAAACAACUUUUUAAAAUACAAAUACACAUUUUUAUAAAAAAUCAUGAACUUUGCCAGGGUUAUACAAGUCUAAGUAAAAGGGUGUUUGUUCUCUGUGUUUUGAUCAAGUUGAGAAUGCCAUGCACAGUGGCAUUCUUUUUAAUAACUCUGGCAGGGGAAAAACCAUUACAGUGGCUACUACGUGAUUUAUUCUGCCAAUACCACAUUAGGUAUACCUGUGCAAAAGGAAAAAUUAGGCUUAGUAUCAUUCUUAAGUAUGUUAAUUACUUUGCCUUUGUAUUAUAAAUAUUUUUUUUAAAAAAAAAGGGCAAAAACCCCCCAAAAAACUAUAGAUACUGGAUGUGAUUGCUAUCUUUGACCAGUAUCUUAAAGUGGAAUAAAGGGCCAAAUGUGACACCAUGGAGCUAUAGAAUCACUUCCCUCCCACGGGAGAAAAUACCCCCACUAAAAGACGUACAUAAGUUGCCUUCCUCUAGGACCCUCCUAUAGGAUACGGCGUAUUAGGCAGCCAGGAGAACUUAGGAAUGCAGAGAAUGACUACAGAACCAUGAUUUCCUGUCAAUAGAGCUCUUCUCCUUAAGCUCAGUGACAUCUUUGAUCCCAAACUAUCCCAGGGGUUUCUUUAACAUAUAAUUCCAGUGAAAGGCUGGAAGGAGUCAGAGGCUUCUCACUGCCACUGUUUUCCUGAACCUGAAAGUUGUGUGCGCCAUCUGUCAAGCAGGGUCUCCACCUCUGCGUGUCCCGCAAAGGACUUAAAUUUUGGUCUUUGGAAUGUUUUCUCCCAUUCUCUAAAUGCUGCAGUGUAGUCUGAAGUAGUGAGAGCCUUGAUGUACUGGUAUCUUUUCAGUGUGGCUGCAGCACGGUGAAUAAAAGCAUGUCAUGAAAUGCUGAUCGAUGGGGAGGCAGCAGCCUGUUGUCUCUGUGAGCCAGGCAGAGACAUUUUGAGAACAUGACAUAAAAGUUGUUGCUCUGGUCUCCUAUAAAUUCCAUCAUAAAGAAAAACGUGGGCUGACCAGGACAAAUGGCUGAGAACACCCUUUACUCCUCAUUGAAAAAGCUAUAUGGAUGCUAUAGUAAGUAUAUCCUUACGGUCAAUAACUGCAGUCAUGGGAGAGGGAGGUGAAGGUGCCCUGGACCAGUUCUGCUAAGCUUCAUUUGUAAAGGAAGCAUCCUUAAUAAUGGAGGAAGCCAGCUCUUCAGAACCAGUAUGAAAGUACAUUUGUGCUUUGUGGGUAAUGUUUGGAGCUAUUCACUUAGUAAUAAUGGGCAUUUCAUUGGUUUCCAGUGAGAGAGUUACAUUUUCAGGUUCAUUCCCUGAUGAUUUGCCAUCAUUUACCAUGUAGUAAAAACUGUGAUUUUUGCCUGUUUGCAUCUCUGCUCCUCUCAAUACACCAAAAUGUGAUUUGAGCCUUAGAAAUUUAGACCAUUGCCCAUUACCCAUGGUUUUUAGCCUGUGUUUCGUGAACUUGACAUUUAACAUCUCCAUUAUCAGAAGGGCCAUGCAGUUGGUAAAUUAGCUGCAUCAUCCAAGGGACGAGCGGAUGGGGAGGAAAUGAAAUUAAAUUUGUUUCUUUAUGUAAUAAUGAAAAGCAAUAAUUGCAAAUAUGUCGUAUUACACAAAGGCCAUAAGUAAUCUUUACCAGUGUUAAGAGUGCACUUGAACUGUAUUAUGGAAAGAGAUUGGAGCCCUCAGAACUGUAGCAUUCUUUUGUCAUAGGAAUACCUGAAACACUAUUAAUCAGCAAUGCAAUGAGCCCAUACUGCCGAUUUUCAGGAGAUGACAAAGAUGUUUAGGAGUGAAAGCAGUUCUCUUUAAAGCACUGUAUUGGAAAAGAUUGUCUUGUAAAUUUUACCUGUCUCAAGCAGGCUGGUUUGUAAAAGAUGUAUGUUUUGGUGUUCAAAAAGAAGUUUAUAAAAUAAUGUAUAUAAUGGUUUCAAAUUACCAGGCUUUUGUAGAUAUUUGAUGCCAAUCAGGUUGCUUUAAUUUCUUUUGUUUCUUUGUUUGUUUUAUUGAUUGAUAUAAUUCUAAAGAGUCAUCAAAGUUGGUUUAAACUUCUAAGAUAACAGGAAAAAAAGUUUUAGAUCUGAAAAAUUUUUAAUCAUUUCAAAAUGUACUGUAAUUUUUCUUUGGGUUCAGCUCUUCUUGUUUAAGUUCUUUCUGGUUUUAAGAAGAUUUUUUUUAUUGACUUUUUUAAAUGAAUGUGUUUUGCACAAAAAACCUAGAGGUAUGAUUUUUAUUCCAUUUCAAGUAGGUAUUAAGAAAUGUCAUUUUUCCAAUGACAACAAAUUCAACCUUAUGCAAAAGGGAAGGUUUAUCACUUUGAGUGGGUAUAGUUCUUCAUCUGAAAACUAAUUGUUCCUUCAUAAUUGCUGUUGGCAGUAUUGUCUUGUGUUCUUUUGCUAUAAAAACAAAACAACAAAAAAAAAAGUGUACAGGUUUGUAACUGCCAAAAUUUGCUAAAGUUGAUGGUUAAAAUAAGUUUUCCAAGUAAA